UCUUGGGAGCAAGAUCUCUUUUCUUCUUCCUCUUCUCUUCUUCCUCCAAUUAUGAUGAACCUCAAGGCCUUCUCCUUCUCUUUUCUUCUUCUACUCUUUUUCAAUGCCUCCAUGGUAGAGACGCAUGGUUUUCGCUCUCGCAAAUUGUAUGAUAGCAACAUGCUCACCGAGAAGGAGAAUUGGUUUGAUCAGAAUUUAGAUCAUUUCUCCCCCACGGAUCAUUCUACAUUCAAGCAAAGAUAUUUUGAAUAUCUUGGUUACUAUAAGCCUCCAGAGGGACCAAUCUUCCUACUUGUUGGUGGUGAAUCUGAACAGAUUGGGAUUGGCAAAAGUUUUUAUACUGAGCUAGCGGAGAAGUUUGGUGCUGCCAUAGUUUCUAUCGAGCAUCGGUAUUAUGGGAAGAGUACUCCUUACAAGGAAUUGACAACAGAAAAUCUAAAAUAUUUGUCCUCAAAACAAGCUAUAUUUGAUUUGGCUGUUUUUCGCCAAUAUUACCAGGAAUUGUUGAAUGCAAAAUAUAAUGUUUCGGAAACCGAAAAUAGAUGGUUCGUAAUUGGAGGUUCAUAUUCUGGAGGACUUGCAGCUUAUUUUCGCUUGAAGUUCCCUCAUCUAACUUGUGGGGCUUAUGCAAGCUCAGCUGCUCUUAUAGCAAUCUACAAUUUCACAGAAUAUGACCAACAGAUUGGAACUACAGCUGGACCUGAAUGCAAGACUGUGCUUCAAGAAAUCACUCAUCUUGUUGAUGAACAGCUUAACUCUGAUAGGCAAUCAAUCAAAGAAUUGUUUGGUGCAUCUAAGAUCGACAACGACGAUGACUUUCGAUUCCUAGUUGCCGAUGCUGCAGCCCUGUCGCUACAAUACGGCUUUCAUGACUUUGUAUGUGAUCUUCUUGUUAAUGCCAAAAAGAAUGGCUCCGAUAUAUUGGAAGCAUAUGCAGACUAUGUCAAGAAUGUAGCUAACCAAGGAAUAUUUGGUGUCACACUUGAAUAUUAUGAUCGUUUAUAUUUGAAGGAUCCAACUAGUGGAAAUAGUGCUUAUCGAUUAUGGUGGUUCUACAUAUGUUCUGAGAUGGGAUAUUUCUUGGUGGCACCACAGAAUGAUUCUAUUCGUUCAACAAAGCUUGAUGAAAGAUACAAUUUAGACUUCUGCAAAGACAUAUUUGGGGAAGGGGUUUAUCCUGAUUCAGACAUGGCCAACACUUAUUAUGGAGGAAGAAAAUUUGCAGGUUCAAGAGUAAUCUUCACCAAUGGCUCCCAAGAUCCAUGCCGCCAUAUAUCUAAGCAAACAUCAUCCAAAGACUUGCCUUCCUACAUGGUCGAGUGCAAUGGAUGUGCACACGGUAUCGAUGUUUUGGGAUGUCCUUAUGCACCCGAGGAUACUAAAGGUGAUGUGUGUCGUCAAGCAGUAAGUGAAGUGAGACAAAAAAUAGCACAAGACAUCGACAUGUGGCUUUCGGAUUGCUAAGCUAUAGGAGGGAGUUUUAUGAGUCAUUUGAAGACAUUACUAAUGAUAUGUAUCCAUGGAGACAUUUCAAGAUUUGUAUACUGUUUACUUGAUUCAAAGAAUCAAGCAAUAUAUUUCAUACAAUUCGAUCU